CAUACUUCCUCCAGCGCCGGCUAGACACAGUGUCGCUUGUGUGUCGCCCACCCUGAGCAGUGAUUACCGCAGUAAUUAUCCGGUGUAGCGUGGAGGUGGAUAGCUGAGGGAGGCGCUGAGAGUCAGCAGGAGCAGUUUUGCGCAGCUUCCGCAGGAGAGAGAAAGAGAGAGAGACGCUCUCAGCAGCAACAAGAACAGCCUUGGCCGCGUCCUCAGCAGCGCUAUGUAUCCCGCCAUGAUGGAGUCAAUGCCCGUGUCCUACGCCAGCACCAUGGGCGGCAUGAUGGGCCAUUAUUUCGGUGGUGGGGCGGGCAUGGGCGUGGGCCAGCUUCCCGCUGCUCACCACAGCAACGCCCAUGGGCCGCAGCCGCCGCCGCCGCAGCAACAGCAGCAGCAGCCCACGCCGCCGCAGGAGAGCAGUCAUCCCCUGCAGCAGGCAACACUCACCUCCCACGCGCCUGCGCACAGCCCCGUCGACACACUAUCAACGAGUCACGGUCACCUCCGGCAGGCAGCCCUGGUGACGCCCGUGCCCACGCCCUCACCAGCAGACUCCACCGCCUCCGGCUGCUCCCCUAGCGGCUCCGCGCAGAAGAAGGAGAACGGCAGCAAAGACGAUCACGUGAAGCGCCCUAUGAACGCCUUCAUGGUGUGGUCGCGCAUGCAGCGGCGCAAGAUUGCGCAGGAGAACCCCAAGAUGCAUAACUCGGAGAUCUCCAAGCGGCUUGGAGCGGAGUGGAAGACGCUGACGGAGGCGGAGAAGCGUCCCUUCAUUGACGAGGCCAAGAGACUCCGUGCCCAGCACAUGAAGGAUCACCCUGACUACAAGUACCGCCCUCGUAGGAAGCCCAAGACCCUGAAGAAGGAUGGCUACCCCUACAGCAUCCCUUACCCCGCCGUCUCCAUGGACCCCCUCAGAGGAGGUGAGUCGUAGCAGCGUGUGGCGGCCGACUCA